ACGCACACAUCGACAUAACCGCGCACGCAAAACUCUUAAAGAAGCCGCAGCACUACUCGUUGUACGUUUCUGCUCCAUUACAACUCGGCGAAAAAAAGAGUCACUCGAGAUCUCGUCAGCUUUUGUCAGGGAAUAAAGUCAUCGUCGACAAUGGCAUUGAAUGCAUCGAGAAUCGUUCUGUACCCCGCUCUGCGUCAGGGUGCCAGGCAACUCAACUUUGUCAGACAAAUUACCAAAUAUCAUCGAAGAAACCAAACAUGCUCCAGGCUCUACUUACCUCAAGUAACAGCUCAAAGAUUCUAUGCUGAAAAAGUUGUCUACAGCAGAGACAAGCCCCAUGUGAACAUUGGAACAAUUGGCCAUGUUGAUCAUGGUAAAACUACUUUGACAGCCGCUAUAACUAAAGUACUGGCAGAGAAAGAAUUGGCUAAGGCAAAGAACUACAAUGAAAUUGAUAAUGCUCCAGAAGAAAAAGCUCGUGGUAUUACAAUCAACGUUGCCCAUAUAGAGUACCAAACUGCCAACAGACAUUAUGGACAUACUGACUGUCCAGGCCAUGCUGAUUACAUCAAAAACAUGAUCACUGGUACAGCUCAAAUGGAUGGUGCUAUUUUGGUUGUUGCUGCAACUGAUGGUGUUAUGCCACAAACUAAAGAGCAUUUAAUUCUUGCUAAACAAAUUGGUAUUGAGCAUAUUGUUAUUUUUGUUAACAAGGUGGAUGCUGCUGAUGCUGAAAUGGUGGAGCUUGUAGAAAUGGAAAUUAGAGAGCUUUUGACAGAAAUGGGUUGGGAUGGCGAAAAUGUACCAAUUGUCAAAGGCAGUGCUCUCAGUGCUUUGGAAGGCAAAAGUCCAGAAAUUGGCAGCGAUGCUAUCAUGCAAUUAUUGGAUGCAGUAGACAAACAUGUGCCUGUUCCAGAAAGAGAUUUGGACAAGCCAUUCCUAUUACCAGUUGAAGGUACUUACUCUAUUGCUGGCAGAGGUACAGUAGUCUCUGGUAGAUUAGAGCGAGGAAAAUUGAAGAAGGGCCAAGAAGUUGAGUUUAUUGGAUACAAUAAACAAAUGAAAAGUAUGAUCAACGGUAUCGAAAUGUUCCACAAAAUCUUGGACACUGCAGAAGCUGGAGAUCAAUUGGGUGCUCUUGUAAAAGGAGUCAAGAGGGAAGAUAUCAGAAGAGGCAUGGUUAUGUGCAAACCUGGUUCAAUCAAAGCUCACGAUCAUGUGGAAGCUCAGGUAUACGUUUUAACACCUGAGGAAGGUGGCAGAAAAAAACCAAUUCCAGACUACGUCCAAUUGGUAAUGUUCAGUAAAACAUGGGAUUGCCCAGCCCAAAUUAUGGUACCUGGCAAAAAUAUGGCCAUGCCUGGUGAAGAUGCCAAGUUUGAACUGAAGCUCUUCAAAAAUAUGGUGUGUGAAAAGGGACAGCGUUUCACUUUGAGAGAUGGUAAUACAACUGUUGGCACUGGCGUCAUUACAAAUAUUUUGAAACCCUUGACUGAACAAGAUAAAGUUGUUGUCCUUGAAGGCAAGAAGGGUUUGAAGAAAUUGGAGAGAAAACAAAAAGCAUAAGUUGGAGCUAUGCGAUACAUUAUCGACAUCUAUGUUAGAACCUGUAUUAUAGUUAACUUACUUUUAAUUAAACAAAAUCUUUGGUUAAUAAAAUUUUUAGCCAGGCUAGUUGAUAAUUAUCUGAAUAAGUCUGCAUUAGCAGUGAGUUCACAACUUUGCUACCUUGUUUUUGUGAAAGUUUUGUAAUAUUUUAACUUUUUCAUUUUGUUACAUUAAAUAGAAUGUGGACCUAGUAGCAAACAUAAAUAUCUUUGUUUCAUUGUUAUAAAUCAAAAAUUGAAAAAAUAAAAAAAUUUUACAAGCUGA